UAUGAUAACGCUUUAAAUAAAUAAUGAAUUCGAUUGACGAUAUAUCAAGCACGUGCGAAAAUGACUCUGGAUCAUCAUUUCGUGAUAAUUUCUCGAACAGAGCUAAUAUAAACGGAAAGACACGUUAUAAUUCAGAAUCUGAAUCUGAAUUCGACAGUGAGAAUGAAACAAUUGAUGUGAUUUGUGAAAACAGUGACCAAAAAGAACACAGUGCUUACGCGUUAAACUCAAACCCGUUAAAUAACGUAGAUACUAUUUAUUCUUUAAGCAAAAGCUUAUAUUCAAAUAAAAUGACUAUUAAUUCAAGCAAUCGUUUUGAGAGUGAUGCAAUGAACUCUGUUAAUACCAAAAAUAGUGCAGUGAACAAUAGAGGAAAAAAUUUCUUAAUUGAUAAUAUUUUAGGUAAUAAUCGUAGUAAUUUUCAAACACAAUCGGUAAUCGAAGAAAACGAAGGAAAUAAAGAAGAAAUGGGAGACGAACACAAUGUUUCGUCGACUUCAACGUGUCCUGAGCUGAAUGCACUCAACGGUGCGGAGUUGCUAGCGGGCCACGCGUAUGCUCAUUGGCUUGCUACACAACAACCAACGUCUACAUUUUAUGAUGAUAAAAAUAAUAGAAGGCCACGUCGAGCCGGACCUGAACGGAAACCACGACAGGCGUACAGUGCAAAGCAACUAGAAAGAUUAGAAGCUGAAUUUAAACUUGAUAAGUAUCUCAGUGUAUCAAAGCGGCUGGAGCUCUCUAAGGCUCUUGGCCUUACAGAAGUACAAAUUAAGACGUGGUUUCAAAACCGAAGAACGAAGUGGAAGAAACAGCUUACAUCUCGCCUUAAAAUCGCACAACGUCAAGGAUUAUUUUCCGGACAUAUCUUCGGACAUGGCCCUCAAAAUUAUUCUCUUUUAAACCCUUACGCAUACGCACCACUUAGUUGUGUGUUUACUCCAGUCACUAUCCCGACGUCACAGCCUUAGUGUCAAACAAUAAAAAUCAUUAAUUAAUUAUUAUUCGUAGAUUGACAUCACAAGCUCCGCAACUGGAUCAGAUGAAACGAUUUAUUUUGUUAAAAGGAUCGAGACUUUAUUUUUAAAGAUGUUCGAAAUACAAACUGAAAUUUUAUUCGGUAUUUAUUUAAA